AUGAGUGAUGUCGAUGAGAAGAGUGUGAAAGUUGAAAGAGGCUUUCUUGGAGUUGCAUCAUUAGUUCCUGAAUCAAGCUUCAUUGCAAAGCCAGCUGCUUCAUGGCUUGAUGAUUUUCUUGUAUGGUUAUCGCCAGAGGCAUUUGGUUGUUGUCGGAAGUUUACAAAUGGCUCUUACUGUCCUCCAGAUGAUCAACCACCUUGCUGUUCACCCGAUGGAGGUUCUUGUGGUUUAGGUGGAGUCUGCAAAGACUGUACAACGUGCUUCCGCCAUGCGGAUUUGGUUAAUGAUUGCCCAUCUACAGAGCAAUUUAGAGAGAAGCUUCCUUGGUUCCUCAAUGCUCUGCCAUCCGCUGAUUGUGCCAAAGGUGGUCAUGGGGCUUAUACUAGCAGUGUGGAUUUGAAUGGUUAUGAAAAUGGUGUUAUAAAAGCAUCAGAGUUUCGUACUUAUCACACACCAGUUAACAGACAAGGUGAUUAUGUUAAUGCUUUGCGAGCUGCAAGGGAGUUCAGCUCAAGAGUUUCUGAUUCUCUGAAGAUGCAAAUCUUUCCAUAUUCGGUCUUCUAUAUUUUCUUUGAGCAAUAUCUUGAUAUUUGGAGGAUUGCUUUGACGAAUAUUGCUAUUGCACUAGGUGCUAUCUUUAUUGUCUGUCUGAUUAUCACAUCCAGUUUGUGGAUUUCCGCCAUCAUUGUGCUGGUGUUGGUGAUGAUUGUUGUAGAUCUCAUGGUGUAAUGACAAUUCUGGGUAUUCAGCUCAACGAUGUUUCAGUCGUGAACCUUAUCAUGUCAAUAGGGAUUGCCGUUGAAUUCUGUGUCCAUAUAGCA